AUGGAUCCAAUGAUCUUGUUGCACAAAUGGUGGCAAGAGCUGCAUAUAAGCAGUGUGUUAAAUCUCCUCCUGUUCUCUCUGCUUCUCCUCUUGUCCUUACUGUAUCUCCUUAAGCUCACUAGAGGUACUGGCAAGCUCAACUUACCUCCUUCUCCUCCAAAACUACCAAUAUUUGGCAACCUUCACCAGCUAGGUAGACUCCUCCACCGAUCUCUCCAUGCUGUCUCUGAGAAGUAUGGCCCUAUCGUGCUCUUACACUUGGGCAAUACCCCAUUACUAGUAGUUUCAUCCUCUGAGAUUGCUAGAGAGAUCACGAACAGCCAUGACACAAUUUUCUUAUGUAGGCCCCAAAUAAGGGCAGCAAAUAUCCUCUUCCAUGGAUGCAGUGACAUAGCAUUUUGUCCCUAUGGUGAGUAUUGGAGACAAGUGAAGAAAAUUUGUGUUAUGGAAAUUUUAAGCCAAAAAAGGGUGAAAGAAUUUCAAUUUGUGAGGGAAGAAGAAGCUGCAGAAAUGGUUGAGAAGAUUCGACGUUCAUCUUUGAAUGGAACAGCAAUUGAUGUAAGUGAGAUGUUUGCUACUAUCUCAAACAACAUAAUUUGCAGAUCCUCUCUGGGUCUCAAGUAUGAAGGAGAGGAAGGCAGCAGCAUGAGUUUUGGACAAUUAUCAAAGAAAGUAAUGCAACUUUUGGGAGCAUUUUGCUUUGAAGAUCUCUUUCCACAUUUGGGAUGGAUGGAUGUUCUGACUGGAUUUUCUGCAAAGUUGAGAACAACUUCUAAAGCAGUAAAUGCAGUGCUUGAUCAAAUAAUUGAUGAACAUAUAAAGAGGGGUGAUAGUGACCAAUCUGAUAAGAAAGACUUUGUGGAUAUUCUUCUGUCUCUUCAGAGGAGUGGCAUGCUUGACAUCAACCUCACUAAAGAAAACAUCAAAGCUCUCCUACUGGACAUGUUUGUGGGAGGAACUGAUACCACUUCAACAACCAUGGAAUGGGCAAUGGCAGAGCUUGUGAAAAAUCCUAGUAUCAUGAAGAAAGCUCAAGAAGAAGUAAGAAGAGUAGUAGGAGAAAAAUCAAAGGUAGAUGAAGCUGAUAUAGAUCAAAUGGACUACUUAAAGUGCAUAGUCAAAGAGACUCUGAGAUUACAUGCUCCUGUUAUGGUUACUCGAGGAUCAUCUGCAAUUGCUAAGCUGGUAGGCUAUGACAUUCCUCCCAAAACCAUAAUCUUGAUUAAUGCAUGGGCAAUUCAAAGGGAUCCCAAAUUAUGGGACAGGGCAGAUGAGUUUCUUCCGGAGAGAUUUGUAAACAACCCAAUUGAUUUCAAAGGCCACCAUGACCAAUUCAUUCCAUUUGGUAUGGGGCGUAGGGGUUGCCCUGGGACAUCUUUUGCAAUCACAGAAGCAGAAUAUGUGUUGGCCAACCUCUUGUACUGGUUUGACUGGGAGUUGCCUGAUGGUGCAAAUAGGGAGGACUUGGACAUGAGUGAGGUUUAUAGGGUAGUCAUUUGUAAGAAAGUACCUCUUCUCCUUAUACCACUACUGCAUUCUCCUUGA